AUGGCACCCUCCUCACCCAUCGUACAGGCACAAAACCGUCGCGAGAACAUAAAUCCCAACCUAUCUGGUGCGCCUGUCCCUAGUUUACUUUUACAACGUCGACUUGCGAAUCGUCCCCUCCUGACUCCUCAUGGACAUCCAACCACAGCGGGGUCUCCAGUAAUUCAACCCUUCAACACUUCUCAAGGAGGAACAAUAAUCAGCGGCGGAGUAGAAAAGCCUGGAGAUGCUGCGAAAAUCGCUGGAGACGAUUUGAUGGCACCCGUCAACCCCGAUAGAACGGCGACAAACGAUCUUACGGAUAUUCAACAUAAGCAGAUCGGAGACGGCUACAUGACGUCUCAGCAACCUCUUGAAGAUAUAGGGAACAAAAUGGUCGUCGAAACGCAGAAGUUUAGUCCCCCGGCACCGAAGGAUGGCGCAGUGAUGAUACCCGAGAACCCUGGAUCAGCGGAGCCAGCAGUCAGCACUUCGAACUCUACUCGCGAAACACCUGCAGGUCACGUCGAUGCGAACGGGUUUAUGCACAGCGCCAAAUGUAUACAUGCUCUAUCAUUAGCUCCCCCAGUUCAAUCGCUCAACGAAGAUGGCUCAGAUGCAGCUGGGGGGUCCGAGAACUGGUGGAAUCAAGGACCGUAUUACACUAGGGAGAUGGAGGAGGAUAUGAUGGAGAAUUACUGUCAGCAGUGGGGUUGCUUUGAGCAGGAAUGA